AUGUCGUUUCUUGAGUUAGCAUCGCCUGCUUCUCAAAUGCAUUCGCCUUGAAAAUCCAAACCCCAACUCCCAUCUUCCGAGCUCCGACACAAACAUUUCCCCACCCAGAAUACCUCUGCUUCAUCCUCUCAACGAACUUUUCCGUCACUUUCCCCAGAAAAAAAAUUAAAAGAAAGAAGAAAAGGAAAUGGAGAACUCAGCACAAGAAUCCCAUCUCGGUCAGGAGAACUCGGUGACGUACGAGUCUCCGUACCCUCUCUAUGCCAUGGCCUUCUCUUCCCCACAAACACGAAACCGACACCAACACCACCGAAUCGCCGUGGGUAGCUUUAUCGAGGAGUACACUAACCGGGUUGACAUCCUCUCCUUCGACCCGGAUACCCUUUCUGUAAAACCAAACCCGACCCUCUCCUUUGAUCACCCUUAUCCACCCACCAAGCUCAUGUUCCACCCAAACCCUAACUCCCUCCACAAAAGUAACGACGUCUUAGCUUCUUCUGGCGACUAUCUCCGUCUCUGGGAGGUUCGAGACUCUUCCGUCGAACCCAUCCAGGUCUUGAACAACAGUAAGACCAGCGAGUUCUGUGCCCCAUUGACCUCAUUCGAUUGGAACGACAUCGAACCCAGACGAAUUGGGACUUCCAGCAUCGACACCACCUGUACCAUUUGGGAUAUUGAAAAGGGGGUCGUUGAAACCCAGCUCAUUGCGCACGAUAAAGAGGUUUACGACAUUGCCUGGGGUGAAGCUAGGGUUUUCGCUUCGGUUUCGGCUGAUGGGUCCGUGAGGAUCUUCGAUUUGCGGGACAAGGAGCAUUCUACCAUUAUCUACGAGAGCCCCCAGCCUGACACCCCUUUGCUUAGAUUGGCUUGGAACAAGCAGGACCUGAGGUACAUGGCCACCAUUUUGAUGGACAGCAAUAAAGUUGUGAUUUUGGAUAUCCGUUCACCGACUAUGCCCGUUGCCGAGUUAGAGAGGCAUAGGGCUAGUGUAAAUGCCAUUGCUUGGGCACCCCAGAGUUCUAGACACAUCUGCUCUGCUGGGGAUGAUACUCAGGCACUUAUUUGGGAGCUGCCCACGGUCGCCGGGCCCAAUGGGAUCGACCCCAUGUCGAUGUAUUCUGCAGGGGCAGAGAUUAAUCAGUUGCAGUGGUCUGCUGCACAGCCUGAUUGGAUUUCGAUUGCAUUUUCUAACAAGAUGCAGCUUUUGAAGGUUUGAGGCCUCCUGAUGGAAGCAGUGAUGAUCACUUGGCGAGUCAGCUGGAAGUACUUACUUGUUCAGUCAGCUGUAGGGUUGUUUGUAAAGGAAUACGGUUAGCUUUGAACUGUUAGAGAUCUAUUUAUUGCUUAUUAUCUACUAGUCUUGUCAUCUUGGUCUAGAACCCAAUGUGAGUACCGUAUCCUUACCUCUCACUUUUCAUCCCUUGUUAGAUCCAAUGUUAAUUGUACCUGUUAGUGUUGCACUCCCUCGAUUGCGAAUGUUAUAACUUAUUUCCUCAUGUUUGACAGUACUUUAUAGAAAGAAAAAAGAAAGUUGUCAAGAA